GUGUUGUGAUUUUCAUGUAGUGCUCCAAAGCGGUCGUUGUUCUUCAGGGUGUGGCAUCUUCUCGACGGGCGUGGCUGUUGCUUAAUGGGUGUGUCUCUUCUUCAAAUAGAAACCAUUGAUGUGAAUGAUGAUCCGGUAUGACAAACUUUUACAAUGAAGGAGGUGUUUUUUACUGUCAAUCGGGACAGUGUUUUAAAAAAACAUUCCGUCACCUCUGCUCUGUCCCAGCUGUCUUAUAACCGUCUUUGUCAAGAUAAUUGGAGCCAACGUGCACAUGUUGAAGACACUUAAACCUGGAUGGUGUUUGGCGUUAGAGGAAGUUAAUUCUGGUAUUAAGACGGAAAGGAAACCCUCUUUAAAGCCAGUGCUAUAACCUGGGAUUAUGUUUCGCAUGACUCCGAAAACAAAAAACUAGCUGCACAGUCACCUACCCGUGAUGGUAAACUUGCCAGUCAGACUCAUAUGCGUCUCCAGGCGUACAGGUUACUCGCUCGCAGUUGCUCAGUUUGUGAUAUAACAUUGUGUGUCGUUGGGAUGAUAUAAACUGGAGCGAUGGUGGACGUGGCGACGGUGUUGGCCCGGCGGCGCUGGACCUGGUCCAGCAACCUCUACGAGGGAUAUCUGUACAGUGGGAACAACCAGUUUGGAGCAUGCAGAGGCAAGAAGAUCCGCAAGUUCUCGGAGAACGAUGCCGACAUCCGUGCAGGGAGACUGCACUCUGUUGACGAAGGCAGUGGCCAGUUAAUAUCAAAGGUGCCUCUCACGACAAUAGAAAGCAAUGGCGAAACCAACCUUAGACGGAGAGCGAGUCUCCGCAUUAAGAAGAUGUCCUCUUCUUCAUUUCAUGACGGGACCAGUCGCUUUCCCAAGCUCAACGACUGCGCCCACUUCCACUACGACAACGUUGAGCUGGGACAAAUCACGCUAUCUAUGCACGAGGAUCCGGACCACGAAGAGGCCCUACUCCUGGCCUACCAGCAGAACGGCGGCUGCGAGCUGGCCGAUCACCCCUUCACCAUCAAGGUCUACAGCAACGGCAAGGUCUGGCUGGUCAAGCGCUGCUACGAGGACUUCCGGGUGCUGGACAAGCAGCUGCACAGCUGCAUCUACGACAGGCGCUUCAGCCAGCUGGUGGAACUGCCCAAGGGGGACGCCAUGCUGGGCAACCGAGAGGGUGUGCGGGGAAUCCUGAGCCGGUAUCUGGGCCGAUUCUCGCAGAUAGCUGGCGACAUGAUCAACUGUGGACCAGUCCUGAACUGGAUGGAGAUUGACAAUCAUGGCCAUGCGCUGAAGCUGGAUAACCAUGGCAACCACGUGGUUGCUAGCGAGGAGUCGGCCAUCAACAUACCAGCGGUGGCGGCGGCCCACGUGACCAAGCGAUACAUGGCGCAGGCGCCGGAUGAAAUCUCCCUUGAGGUCGGGGAUAUGAUCUCCGUGAUUGAUAUGCCCCCGCCGGUCGACACGUCUUGGUGGAGGGGCAAGAACGGAUUUGACGUCGGAUUCUUCCCUCGACAAUGUGUGGAGCUGAUCAGUGACAAAAUACCGCCCUCUGUUGUCAACAUCAUGCCAAGGUCACCCAAGCCAGUUUUGAACAAGCACGGCAAGCUGAUCACGUUCCUCCGAUCGUUCAUCCUGGCGAGGCCGACGAGACGUGGCCUGAAGCAGCGAGGAAUCCUGAGGGAGAGAGUAUUCGGCUGCGAUCUGGGAGAACACCUGCUGAACUGCGACACAGAUGUGCCCCAGAUUAUCCAGUCCUGCACGGAGUUCAUCGAGUCCAGAGGCAUCGUGGACGGCAUCUACCGGCUGUCCGGCGUCUCCUCAACAGUCCAGUGGCUGCGGGACGAGUUUGACAGCGAGAAGAUCCCCGACUUGACUCAGUACGAGAAGGACAUCCACUGCGUGUCGUCGGUCUGCAAGCUGUACUUCCGGGAGCUGCCCAACCCCCUGCUGACCUACCAGCUGUACAAGAAAUUUGAGGAGGCGGCGACGUCGGAGGAGGAGAGCCGUUUGCUCAAGAUGCACGACACGGUCCAGCAGCUUCCCCCGCCCCACUACCGCACCUUGCAGUUCCUGAUCAAGCACCUGGCCAAGAUGGCUACCCACGGAAACCAGACUGGAAUGACCACCAAGAACCUGGCCAUAGUCUGGGCACCAAACCUCCUCAGGUCUAAGGACUUAAUCCUAGCCACUGCAGCGGCCUUCAUGGAGAUCAAGAUCCAGGCCACGGUGGUGGAGUAUCUGAUCCGCAAAGCCGACGUCAUCUUUAAUGACAAACUCUUCCCCGAUGUCCCGGGAAGACUGAUGGGUCAGGAGAUGCAACGCCCCAAAUCCCUGGUCCUGUCCACCCCGACCAAGCUUCUCUCCUUGGAGGAGGCCAGGGCCCGCACUGCCUCCCAGGGGGCGGAGCUUGACGACAAGCCGCGGUACAUCGAGGUGGGAGGUGGUCCAGCAGCGCUACCCAAGCAGUACCACACCGUCAUAGAUUUGCCGAUGGAAAGAAAACGAGCCUCCUUCUCAGCCAAGUCCAAGAAGUCGCCCGGCUGGAAGGCCUUCUUCUCUCGCUCGGGCUCCAAGGAGGGUAAGAAGAAGGACGGGGAGGAGCUGAUGAAAGGGCUGGGGCGCAGCGGCCUGCGCUCAGUGCGCAGUGUGGAGUCCCUCAACUCCAGUAACUCCAGCUAUGACGGCCAACGCAGCGGCGACAGCAAUGGUUCUCAUAAAGUCAUCAUGCGGAGAAACUCCGUUGCCUGUGUGGACAGCUCCAGCCUGAAACGUGCCUCCUCCCACGAUUCCUUCUUUGAGGUGGAUGCAGCCACCAUCGCCGCGGCUACGGAGGACUUCCUUGCCUCGACGGCGCAUCUCAACAACCAGGACGACUCCGAUGACGAGAUCUUCCUCAGGGAAAAGAAGGUUGAGUUUGGCGAUGUUGCCAAGAGCGAGCCGGAGCGGAGGAAGUCCAGCCCGCUGUGGAUCGACCAGAGCAUCAGCAGCUCGGAAUCCAACAUGACCUCUCCCAAGACGCCGUUGCUGCUGACGCCGAGGGACAUCUCCACGGAGACAAAACCCAAGACGACGACGGGAGAGGAGAACCUGCUGGAGAUCAGCGCCCGGGUCUUGAUGACCAACUCCAUCAAGCUCAUCCCGAUUGUCAACGGGGAGGAUUCGGAGAGUGUGACCAAGAGCGACGCGGACCAGAACAACACCUCUCCUCAGGCACCUGUGCGACGGCGGACUAAAGCCAUCGGGAUGCCCUCCAGGCGGAAGAUCAAAAGCUCCCCGCCGAUGGACUUGCAGUUGUUUGGGAUGUCCCCGCCACGGGAGGUGGACAUCGCGGAGGAGGAGUCCAGCUCCAAGUUGUGGGGGAGGAAGGGAUCAGUGGAGAGUCCUGAAGGAUCCAAAGGGACCUCGGUCCUGGAGAAGAUCACCCGGGCGAUGAAGACCAAGAACAAAGUCCGCAGAGAGCUGAGCCUUGGAAUGGAGCCGGGGAAGCAGUCGCGGGGCACCCAAAACAACCAAGGUGAGGAGGUUGAGCGACAGACAAAUGGUAAACAGGACGGAAUGCAAAGGACACAGGAUGUGGACUCGCAGACAAAUGAGGAGCUCCCGGAUGGCGAGACUGUCCAUGGCUCACUGGCCCGACCAAGGUCCUUAUCGGCGCGCGCCCACUCAAACACGGACUCAGAUCUAUUUGACGACCUCUUUCCACCCGAGACAAAGUUCAGCUUGGACACAGUUUUGUCGGAGUAUGACAACAUAAUGGAGAAAUACAGCAACCGGGCUCUCACACCGGAUUUUGACACCAGUGCCGAGGAGGGGGCAUCCGGGAAGCGGACGUCUUUCCCCCGGGCCCCUCUGGAGACCGAGGAGUACCAGCCCAUCCCCCAGUUUUUGGACACGCUGGACGAAAGCUACAACCAGUCAUUAUCGGACAAUGAGAAUGAGCACGACAGAACAGUAGAACCGGCGACCUGCGAACACUCAGAGCCGCUGCUUAUUGUCGAGGAGUGCAAUGCCCCCGUGGAAUCACCCCCAAUUUCCCCAAUGGAAUCAUCCCGACACAGUGCAACUUUACCUCAAGGGGAUACGCCAUUACUGUCUUCGGGGGGCAGUCAGUCCCUUGCAACAAGUUUGGAAGCCAGCUCGAAGAGGGAACAUGAACAAAGCGGUAACAGCCCGGAGGUCGAUCUGAAAUUUAACUUUGAGAUUCUCAACAGGGAAUCGGACAUCAUUGAUUUCAACAGUGUGGAACACGGGGAAACAGAAAAGUUGGAUUCGAGUUUAGAAGUGUGGCACGACGCAUCUGAUAACGUCCUGGUUGACCCGGCGUUGGACCGUGCCGCAAAACCGGAUGUUGCGGUCUCCAGUGAAGCAUCUGAAGAGCUUUACCAUGACGUAGAGCAAGAAGACACCAGCCUGAGUCUAGACCUGGGCAACCCGUCACUAGAUGAGGACCAGGGCCUUCACGAGAUGAAGUUUCCCCCUGAAGAGGAUCUGGACUCCUCCAUCUUGGGACUCAAGCCGGGCUUCGGGGGCCUCUCCCCGGAGAUCCGCGCCAGCCAAGCCACUCUUGCCUCGCAGUACGACAAUCUGGAAGACAGCUUCUCCGACAGGGGAGUGGGUUGCAAUGUCCGAACAGCCACCCCGCCAGCGUGUGACAUGCUGGACUCUCCCUUUGAGGUGGUCGAGUCGCCUUUCUGUACGCCCUCCGAUGAGCUUGGGGAAAGCGGACAGGGUACAUACGGGUUGGCCCUGGACGAAGUUGUGGAACAUGUAAUAGAAUUGUAACUCCCUUGUUUCCAACAUUGUCCCCGUGUGUAUAUGUUUUAAAUUCCUGUUUAUUAUAUGCCUGCUUGAGCAGAACAGAAGAAGCUUGAAAUAUACAAAUUGCAAUAUUGAUCCACCUUUAACCUAGUCUGUGUAUCACCCGUUGUUCAACGGAGCCCUCUCCGUAACAGACGUGUGAUAUAUGUGAGCAAUGCAAAUUGUAUGCGAUCCCGCGCACCAGCCAAUCGGAGUUGACUUUAGAAUUUGUGACGUCGUUUCGAUCAGAAAUGUGGACUAAGCUGUUGAUUGGCCAAUUUGGCUGCCAUGAUUUUGUAAUACAUCAACGGGUUACGGAAGACCCGAUAGAAGGCGCCCGCUGAAUGGUCAGAAUCUCGAGGUCAAGACGCAGUCUUGUUUUUGCAUAAUUAAUCGCAGAAUCGCAUAAUUAAUCGCAGAAUCUGCUUGCACAUUACUAUUUAAUUAUUAAUCAUUUCUGGUAAUGAAACCAAGGAUUCCUCAAAAGCGCCCUAGGCACUGUAGCUCGCAAGCCUGAAGAAACCUGUGGAGAGAAGACAAUGAGAAGAAGUUAUAGUUAUAGAAGUGGGAGGAAAAGCCCAGAAGAAUAUUCUGGGGAAAACUCACGGAAUCAGGUAGGGACUGAAAAGCCACUCCACAUAAUGGCCCAGGCGGGACUUGAACCUAGGUCACAGCGGUGGAAGGCGAGGGAAGUACCCCUACGUCAACCUGACUCCUGAUGCCAAUAGACGUUUGCUGUGCAAGGGGAGAUUCCAUAGACUACCUUUUACCACUUUUCACUAAAAAAUAACCAACAUAAUUCUGGAUAUUUUGAUAAAAUUAUGACCUCUUCUUAGACUCAUUUUCAGAGUUGUGCUAAGCAGCGCAAGACAUUCAGCUAACACUGUACACUGUACAUGGAAUUUGCCACUGUCUGGACUUCCAAACGACUUUUGCUUAAAAAAAAAACUUUGAACAAAGAAAUUGACUGUUGCAGAGUUUGAACCUGCGACCUCCGGAUUACCGUUCCAGUGCUCUACCAACUGAGCUAUCCAGCCCUGUGUUGGCGGUACCCUAUUUAGUCAAUGUCUUUGAAAAUUUGAAGGAGAAAAAAAUUGCUUAAUAUCGGCACCACUAAAUUGGACCCUUGCCUGUUAUUGUAUCUACUGAAAUUGCUUGAGAUUUUGGGCUGUUGCAGUUUAUAGACUGAGCUGUUCAGGGCAGUACAUUGAUAGUUUAACUCUCCUAGUAGGAAGCCAAUACUCAGAGCAAUAUGUAAAACCUUUUAAACCCUGCAGGUCAGUUUC